AUGGCCGAAACAUCGGUGGACUUGCACGAGUCCAAAGUGCAAGCUAUCAUUGUGUGUAAUACAAUCCUUAUUGUCAUCAGCUCCUUAGGGUUGUUUGUACGGCUGUUUGUGCGAAUUCGUUACCUCACUGGAAUUGGACUCGACGAUCUUUUUUGUCUAAUCGCAUGGAUUUUCACUUUUGUCGAGUGCCUUGUGUGUAUAUUGAUGACUAACUACGGCUAUGGGAAACAUAUUGGAACCGUCACCGAUCCUAAUACUUUAGCGAUGUUCCUCAAGCUCGACUUCGUGACGGAACUUACCUACCUAUGGGCUCUUGGUGCCAUAAAAAUCUCGUUUUGCCUAUUCUACCUCAAAAUCUUCCCUGGAAAAACAUUCGGUAUUGUUUGUUGGUGUGUUAUGGGACUAGUCAUUGCUGAGACGAUCGAGGAGACGUUUGUGGUCAUCUUCCAGUGCAGCCCGAUUCACAAGGCAUGGGAUGCGACCAAUACUGUUCCAGGGAAAUGCCUUCAGCUACUUAGCUUCUACUAUAUUUCAUUCGGCAUCCGGCUGGCGACCGACAUUGCUCUAUUUGCUCUUCCUAUUCCCAACUUGAUCAGCCUGAAGAUGUCACCCGGCAAGCGGGCAGGUCUGAUUUUCAUGUUCAGCUUGGGUGUUCUUGUGGUGGUGACGAGUAUAAUUCGAGUGACAUAUCUGAACAACUUCUCUUUGGACCACACCUGGACUCUUGUCGACCCUCUCAAUUGGUCAUCUGUCGAACUCGGCGUUGCCGUUUUCAUCGCAUGCUUCCCGUCCUUCAAGUCACUUGUCGCAUUCUGCUUCCCAGACUUGAAGCGGAUGUUCGGCUUGUCCUCAAACCGCAGCUACCUGGCUCACUAUGAAAUGUACGGAGCCUCGGGUCGUACCGGAGACCAUGCCCGUCGGUCUCAUUACAACAAUAUGAGCCAUACCAAGGGAAGCCAGGCCACAUCGCGCACCAGAACCCGGAUAGAGACUACGGGCAAUGAAUCGGACGAACAUAUUAUCCCGACCUCGCCUGAAGGAAUCCAAGUCCGAACAGACGUGACCGUGGAUCGCUUACCGGUCUGA